AUGAAUGAAACUACAGACAAACUUAACUCUUCUCUCAUUCUUCCUUUCAGCAAAGAUUAUGAAUUCUGUUCAAAUGGUGUGUAUUUCUAUUGUGGAAAGAUGGGUUCAGGUAAGACAUUUAACCUCAUUCGUCAUAUACUCAUAACAGAGCGUUUAGGUCAAGAUCCAUAUUAUGACCAAAUCAUUAUAUCAGCAACUUCAGACUCUAUGGACUCAACAGCGAAAACAUUUAUGUCAAAAGUUCAAGCAUCUGUCGUUAAAGUUCCAGAUAGCGAACUCAUUGAAUUUCUUCAACGUUACGUUCGACGUAAGAGGAAAUAUUAUGCCAUCGUUGAAUUUAUACAGUCAGGAAUGCAAAAGACUUCAGAAGAGAUGGAAAGAAUUAUUGACAAACACCACUUACGUCAAUACUCAGGAGUUUACGAUAUGAAACGACUUACAAACUACAUUCUGUCAAAACUUUCAAAAUACCCCUUCAAAAAGUAUCCUUCAAAUACUCUGCUCGUUUGCGACGACUUCGCCGGAAAAGGUUUAGUGUCAAAGCCUGACUCACCAUUAGCUAACAUCAUUACUAAAGUCAGACAUUACCACUUAACU